AUGAAGUCGUUUUGUUGGAUAGCCUUUAUGGUGGUGGCUGUGUGUGGUGAGGAUGAGACACGUCAGAAUCCAUCUGUAGUUGGUCGCAGGCGAAACGUCGGUGGAUUGAAUGAAGACGCCGAAAACACUGAAUUAGUUCAGGCUUUCGUGGUUUUCCGUCACGGCGAUAGGACACCAGAUGAGGCUGAGAUAGAAAAGUAUCCCGCUGAUGUUAAAAAUAAUGAUAUUUUCUUCCCUUAUGGAACUAAAGCAUUGACUAAUAAAGGGAAGCAGCGAGGAUACCUCGUAGGAGAGUAUCUCAGAAAACGCUACGACAACUUCAUAUCUCGCUUAUAUCUGCCGGACGAGAUUUCAAUACGAACGACAGCCUUCGCACGGACUAAAAUGACGGUGUUGACUGCUCUGGCCGCAUUAUAUGUACCUCCACCAGCACAGAAAUGGAACCCCUUCCUCAAUUGGCAGCCCGUUCCAUAUGACACCAUGGCGAAGGAAGACGACGACUUAAUGUAUUACUACAAUUGCCCACGUUAUCUACAACUGAAAGAUGCUGUAAACGAGUACCCAGAGUUCCAAACAUCGGUGAAAUCCUACGAAGGAUUAUUUAAUUUUAUAAGUUCACAAACUGGAACUAAUAUCACAACUCCUGAUGACGUUUUCUUCCUAGAUAAUCUCUUUCAAACAUUGGAGAACGUUGGCGUGAGCCCUCCAAAUUGGGCACAAAAGGUUAUGCCGAAAAUAAAGGAAGUGACAAAAUUAGAAUACGCAAUGGAAUUUUAUACGAGUGAGGAGAUACGAUUGGCCUCAGGAGUCCUUCUAAUGGAUAUACUAAACGCGACGAGCUCCGUGAUAGCAGGUGAUAAAGAUCGCCCGAAACUAUAUUUAAUAUCUGCUCAUGAAAACAAUGUAGCCGGGCUGAUGGCAGCCAUAAGGGUAUUUAAACCUCAUCAGCCAAGAUAUGGGGCAACCAUAUCGCUGGAAUUGAGGAGGAAACCAUCGACGGGGCAGUACGGAUUUAUGGCUGUGUAUGCGGGUAAUGCUGGAGGUCCAGGAGAGAUUUUGCCCAUCGCUGGCUGUGGAGGACAAGCUUUCUGCGAUUAUAACACCUUUAUAGAACUAACACGAGAUAAUGUAUUGCCGAGAAGUGAAUUCAAAACUCAGAAAGAGGGCGGUAGCGAGGAGGUGCCAACCAACGCGGCUGAUGAGCCCAGCAUGAAGACCGAACACACUUGCUGUUGUCUAGGCGUGUUGGUGGGCGUCUCUCUCAUCGCCGCCCUCGUAGCAGUCAUACUAACGAAAGACACUACAGUUGAAGUUACAGUAUUACGACAAGUUCACGUGUUAAUGUCGCACGGGGAGCGAACGCCAAGUGAACGUGAAUUGGAGAUGCUGGGGACGCCUCCAUCGGAACACGUUUUUGUACCGUACGGCGCAGGAGCAUUGACUAAUGAAGGGAAGCUCUUGACGUACGAGAUGGGCGCAUUACUUAGAAAAAGAUAUAACGAUUUCCUGGGACCGUAUUACGAAGCUGAAAAAAGCAUUGUAAUAGCAUCAGAUACGAAUUUGAGCAAGAUGACUGCGUUGUUGAUAGCGGCUGGGUUAUGGCCACCGCUUUUAAAUCAAAUGUGGAACGAAUCCAUAAGCUGGCAGCCAGUUCCUUACACAUAUCCCCCUAGAAGUGAAGACUACCUUUUAUACGAAGAGAACUGCCCACGUUACAAUCAAGAGAAACAAAGACUAUUGAAAGACUAUAUCGAUGAAGGACUACUUGUACCGUAUAGGGAUUUCUUUCACAAAAUAGCACACAUGACAAAUACUAACUUCAGUACUCCACAGGACGCGUACAAUUUAAACAACUUAUUCGUAAUACAGGACGAUAUUAAAGUCGCGAAUCCAAAAUGGGCCAAGCAUGUGAAAAGAAAAUUGAUGGACAUCGCUCGAUUGGAAUACACCAUGAUGUUUCAUAAUAAUCUUCUGAGAAAACUCAGCGGAGGUGCUCUACUGCAGCAAAUUAUAACGGAAGCUAUAUGGAACACGAGAGAUGUCAAUAGUCCGAAGGUGUUAGUUCGUAUCGGUACCCCAGUGUCGGUGGCGGCGCUACUGUCGGCGUGUGUGGCGCCCCCGCCGAGACUACCGGACCCGGGGGCAGCCUUGCUGUUUGAGUUACACGAAAAACAACCUUCCGCGAAAGGAAAGAAGGAUAAAAAUGACUUGACACACGGACAGCGAUUUGGAUUUAAGAUAUACUACUGGGAUGACGAUUCAGCGGAGCCUCGACUAAUGGAAGUUCCCGGAUGUAACGCAUUCUGCCCUUUGGAUACUUUCUCUAAGAUAACAAAGAACAUUGUGUCCCACGAUUAUAAGAGAGACUGUGAACUAACAUAG